AUGGACUCAUCCUGGACAAUGGAGGACAACGCAAUCAACGAAGACAUCGUCGAGAGCAUCGAGGUCGACGAUCCACUACCAGCAGAAAGCCCACAGCCACGGAGGGACUCGCGCUCCACAGUCUCUCCCAGUUCUCCAGAGACGUUCAUCAACCCCAUUCGGGCUCUGAUCAGAACAGCCACGAGAGAGGGCCGGGUGGUGGUCCUUGAGCACGGCGAUCCCCAAGAAAAAUACCACGACUACCCUCUCGAGAUAAUCGACCCAGCCUGGCUCAACCACCCUCAGGUGUACUACCGCAGAGGCACCAAAAACGAAAUCUCCGAACACCUCACCGUCCUCCUACCCUCCAUCAUCGCCGUCGAGGACCCAUACCCGCGAAUCGAAGAACACGACUAUCUAUGGAUCAUGGACCAGGCGUACCUCCGCUGGGCGGAGCGGUGUAAGCGGUUCAAGAUUGAUAGGUCCAUCAAUCCGAGAUUGGCUGAAUUCAUUGGCUGUUUUGAUAUACGGCCGGUUCCGGAGGGGCAGACGAGGUUUGGGGACGCGUUUGAGAAGUUGGUGGAGUAUGUGGAUCGGUGUUGUGUGGGCGCUGUCGAGGAGAUGGAGAAGGUGAGAGCGCGGGAAGAAGUAUUGUUUAGGGAGAUGAAGCAGUGGACGGCGGAGUGGAGGGCGGAGCUGGAGUGGAAGGAGGAGGUGUGGCGGGUGAGGUAUGAGUAG